AUGUCAAACCCUACACCACCUCCUCCAUUGAAGAACGAUAUCUUGGAACUUAUUGGAAACACCCCCUUGGUCAAAUUAAACAGAAUUCCCCAAUCCUUGGGAAUCAAAGCCAAGGUGUAUGCCAAAGUUGAGCUAUUUAAUGCUGGUGGUUCAAUCAAGGAUAGAAUUGCCAAAAACAUGGUUCUCGAAGCUGAGAAACAAGGAAGAAUUAAGCCUGGCUAUACUUUAAUUGAACCAACUUCUGGUAACACUGGUAUUGGUUUGGCAUUGGUUGGUGCGGUGAGAGGAUACAGAACAAUUAUUACUUUACCAGAAAAGAUGUCAAAUGAAAAAGUUUCUGUUUUGAAAGCGUUGGGUGCUGAGAUUAUUAGGACACCAACUGAGGCAGCUUUUGAUGACCCAGAAUCUCAUAUCGGAGUUGCAAGGAGAUUGGAAAAGGAAAUUCCAAACUCUGUCAUCUUGGAUCAGUAUUCCAAUGAAGCCAACCCAGAUGCUCACUAUUAUGGUACCGGUUAUGAAAUUUGGGAGCAAACUGAGGGUAAUGUUACUCAUUUGGUUGCUGGUGCUGGUACUGGUGGUACCAUUACAGGUAUGUCCAAGUAUUUGAAGGAAAAGAACCCACAAGUCAAAGUCACUGGGGCCGAUCCAAAGGGCUCUAUCUUGGCUGAACCAACAAGUUUGAAUGAUAGCACUGAGGGCUAUUUAGUUGAAGGUAUUGGUUAUGAUUUUAUUCCCGAUGUAUUGAACAGAAAGUACGUUGACAACUGGAUUAAAACUGAUGAUGCCGAAUCAUUCAAAUUGGCAAGAAGGAUCAUUAGAGAGGAGGGAAUUUUGGUUGGUGGAUCAUCUGGUUCAGCUCUUCAAGCUGCCCUUUUAGUUGCCAAGGACUUGACCGAGGAUGAUGUUGUUGUUGUUGUGUUUCCUGAUUCUAUCAGAUCUUACUUAACUAAAUUCGCUGAUGAUGAAUGGUUGAAGUCUAACGGAUUCACUGCUGAAGAAGAUGAAGCAGCAAACAAGACUGAUGAAUUCUUGAACAACAAAACAAUCAAGGAUUUGGUUGCAGGCAAGCCACCUGUUGUUACCGUCACACUUGCUGACACUGUUGCUAAAACCUUUGAUCUUUUACAAUCAAAUGGUUUCGAUCAAUUGCCAGUGUUGAACAAAUCUGGCCAAUUAGUCGGAUUAAUCACCUUAUCAAAGAUUUUGAAAUCGUUAUCAACAAAAAAGAUUCAAUUAACAAACUCAAUCAGCUCAAUCAUUAUAGAUUUUAGAAAAUUGGCUGAUUUCGAAAAAUCAAAGUCAGUAAACAAAGAAUCGGGAUUUACAAAGAGAAACUACGAUAUCAUAACCUUGGACACUAAAUUGAGUGUAUUAAACAAGUUUUUUGAAACAAAUUCCAAUGCCAUCAUCACUGAUGAUGAUUUGAAGCCAGUUCAAAUUGUGACCAAGGUCGAUUUACUUUCUUAUUUGACAAAGAAUCUUUCUUAUUAA